CUGGCGAACAUACUUUGGAAGAAAGAGUCGUCAUCCGCGACGACCGGCGCAGUCCGCUCCAACCCCACGACUGGCGACAUCAUGACCCAACCGCCGGCCCAACCCCAUCUUACACCACAGUUCUGCUUCUCGACAGGAGCUCUAAGGGACUUUCUAAGGCUGUCUCGUGCCACGGUCGACGACUCCAUCACUCAAAACCUCAAUGCGCUCGUAACACCCGCGCGAGCCGGCUUCGACCCUAACUCGACCUCACAACGAACACCGCGUUCCUUCCCUCGACAGAUAGACCCACAAGCAUGCCAGAACUUCAAGGACCAGGUGCUCUUCCCGACAUGGCAUGCGCGAGCUGAAGUCUUGCACUAUUGCGGAGUGGUUGCGACAAGCCCAGACCCAGACGAUCCGGAGGCUCUAUUACGGCAGAUUGAGGCUGCAAAGGACAAGGAGCGAGUUGUCAACGAACGUUUGGAUCCAUACUCUGGACGGUUCUUCCCUCGUGAGCCCCGGACAGAGCAACUCGCGAUGCUUAUUCGACAGGAGAAGGGCGUGGAGAACAUCGUGCGGACGAGAACGUGGGAUAUGGUCAAGCAACGAUGUGGCGAGUCGGCGAACUCGUGGGAAGAAGCUCUCGCGAGUUGGCGCUCAAGAGCUGCCGGGAACGUCGAUGGCCAGUAGGCCCUAGACUGCAUCGCUCUCAGCGGCUGUACCAUUAUUGUACAUAUGUAUACCACGUACCUGUACCAACCUUGUAACACAACGCCAUAUGAAUAACGAUAGAUAUAUACAAAUCAAAUACCAAAGCAAUAUCAAGCCAGUAAAUGCUCGACCGA